CAAAAUAGUGUCACGCCCACACAACUCGCACCAGCACGUUGUGUUUUCUGUUUGUGCUUACGUUCAUUUCAGAUUAAACCUAAUUUAUUAUCCAUUAAGUUCAUUCACACGAGUGAUAUCCAGAUUAAUUGUACACACGAAACUACACUGCCAUGAGGAACCGUGAACUUGCGAAUCAAGAUGCUGGUCAAAAGAAGAAGGGAUUUGACAAGAAAAAAUGGCGAGAACGUCAUUACAGCCACAAAUUUAAAGUUCAACAAUUUGACGAUCGAAGAAAGAAGAAGGUGUUAAGGAAAUACUAUAGGGAAUUGAAGCAUAUUCAAGGGGAACCUCAAGACCCCAAAGCAUCAACAAGCGAUUUCAACCAUCCUAGCCAGCGACAGCCAACGCAGCAGAAGAAAAUGAGUGCAACACAAAAAGCAAACUUGGAAUUCGAGAGGAUAAAACAGCAGAAACUAGAUCGGAAAGCUGAACUUGAGAGGAAAAAAGCCGAGAAGGAACAAAAGCUGAAGGAGUACAGAGAGAAGAAAGCUGAAAGGUUCAAAAGACUUUCAAAGAAAACUAAAAAGGGUCAGCCUGUUAUGAAAGACAGACUUGAAAUGCUUCUAGAGAAAAUCCAAAAACAAUGUCGAUAAAAUAAACAGAAGUAUGAAGCAUAUAA